AUGAACCAGUCUGUGUUUGACUUGUUGAUCGCUCAUAUCUCCCGGUUUGCGUUUGACUCAUAUCUCCGGGUCUGUGUUCAUUUAGCUCUUCCCGAAGGUCAGGAGGUAGUUUCCGCAGAGCGAUAUGGGAAUUCAGCCUGGGCAUCCACUGCGAGCAUCACAGUGAGAGACAGUGACGGUACUCUGCAUGAUUACUUCGUAAAGGUUGUCAAAGGGAAACUCGCCGGGCCACGCGUCUUGGGAGAGUUCUCGUGCAUGUCUGCGUUGUACAAGACCAUGCCUUCCAUCGUGCCUGCGCCACGGGGAUCGGGGAAGUGUCUAGAUUCCGAUGAUUACUUUUUCCUUUGCGAUUACCUAGACAUUGACCAUCGUCAGCCUGACCCCAUGAGGCUGGCCGAAAGUAUUUCUGAGCUUCACCGUAUUAGCGUUUCUCCUACGGGCCAGUUUGGCUUCCAUGUCACUCCUUACGAUGGGAAGCUUCCUCUGGUGGCCAAAUGGGAUAGUAACUGGGUCUCCUUUUACGGAAAGCUACUGGAAGGUGUGUACAAGCUCGAUAUCCAAAUAAAUGGGCACCGGAAGAGACUCGACGACGCCAUGAAAAUCACCUUAGAUAAAGUUGUUCCCCGGCUCCUUAAUCGCCUAUAUGAAGAGGGUCGAACUGUCAAGCCGUGCUUGAUACAUGGCGACCUCUGGGAGGAGAAAAUCGGCACGAACCCGCCCAUGGGGAACAUCUACAUUUUCGAUUCGUGUGCAUACUAUGCGCACCAUGAACCGGUCAAGGAGUACGAUGAUCGGAAUCGUCUGUAUUCCCUUAAGGAGAAGAUUAUGUACUCCGCCCAUGUGCCUGGUACCAAAGCGAGGGAACAGGCGUUGGAAGAUAUGCUAUACUUGAUCAGGAAGUUUGUCAACCAGGCAUGGCCAUCCGACAGGGAUGACUACGUGAAUAUGCGCGAUGAGUCCUGA